CCUGUCCAUGUGGCUCCUCCACUGUGAACCCUGAAUCCAACAGGAACACUGACUUGUCACCGCCCCGAAGACAGGCCCGAUGAGGCACUGCCUCCCCCCCACCCCCCAGAAUGGCAGAAAUGCUGGCUGAGGUGCCGACACAGUCUCCAGGGGCCGCAGAGAGAUCAGCACCCAUGGCGGGGGCGCUGACGGAGAUGGUGGCGGAGGUGACUGAGAUGACCCCCGGGGAGGCCCUGGCCUCAUCCCUCUUCUUCCAGCACCACCAGUUCAUGUGCUCCGAAUGUGGCAGCCUCUACAACACCCUGGAGGAAGUCCUCUCGCACCAGGACCAGCACCUGCCCACCGGGCUGGAGGAGGAGGAGGCGCUGACGACACAAGACGGGAGCCUGGACCCCGAGCUUGUGCCCAGCCCUGGGCAGGGGCCGUUCCAGUGUGGUGAGUGUAGCCAGCUCAUCCUCUCGCCCAGCGAGCUCCUAGCCCACCAGGAUGCCCACCUGCAAGAGUCUGCAAGCCAGAUCCAGUACCAGUGCGGGGACUGCCAGGCGCUCUUCCCCUCACCUGAGCUGUGGGUAGCUCACCGCAAGACCCAGCACCUUUACGGCGCCUCGCGGGAGCUGCCGCCCCCGUCGCCACCGCCACCGCUGCCCCCUGAGGUCAAGAUGGAGCCCUAUGAGUGUCCGGAGUGCUGUACCCUCUGUGCCACGCCGGAGGAGUUCUUGGAGCAUCAGGGCACCCACUUUGACUCCCUGGAGAAAGAAGAGCGCAAUGGGCUGGAGGAGGAGGAGGAGGAGGACGACGACGACGAGGAGGAUGAAGAGGACGAGGAGGAUACCGAUGAGGAGGCUGCGGCCGUAGCGUUUGCUGCCGAUGGCGUGGGAGACGAGUCCGCGGCUGGCCGCGCUCUGGACUGUGGGGAUCGUCCCCAGCACCGUCCCUCCGCAGGGGCACACCGGAGACACCGGCGGCGCGCGCCGCGCGGCCCAGCGUCACCCUCGCACCCCUUCCACUGCGGCCAGUGCCAGCGCAGCUUCAGCUCUGCCAACCGGCUGAUGGCACACGGGCGGGCGCACGUGGGUGGCACGCACGAGUGCACCACCUGUUCCAAGGUCUUCAAGAAGGCGGCCUCUCUGGAGCAGCACCUGCGGCUGCACCGCGGGGAAGCCCGCUACCUCUGCGUGGACUGUGGCCGCGGCUUCGGCACCGAGCUCACGCUGGUGGCCCACCGGCGGGCGCACACGGCCAACCCGCUGCACCGCUGCCGCUGUGGCAAGACGUUCAGUAACAUGACCAAGUUCCUCUACCACCGGCGCACUCACGCUGGGAAAAGCGGGAUCCCCACCAAGGUGGCCGCAGCCUCCCCAGCUCCCGCCCAGCCCACGCCACCGCUCCCGCCCCCGGGUCCCCCUGCCCAGCUGCCCUGCCCACAGUGCCCCAAGUCCUUCGCCUCGGCCUCCCGGCUCUCCAGACACCGGCGCGCCGUCCACGGGCCUCCGGAGCGUCGGCACUGCUGCGGGGUUUGUGGCAAGGGCUUCAAGAAGCUUGUGCACGUGCGCAACCAUCUGCGGACACACACGGGGGAGAGGCCCUUCCAGUGCCACUCGUGCGGCAAGACCUUUGCUUCUUUGGCCAACCUCAGCCGCCACCAGCUCACGCACACGGGUGUGCGUCCCUACCAGUGCCUGGACUGCGGCAAGCGCUUCACCCAGAGCUCCAACCUGCAGCAGCACCGGCGGCUGCACCUGCGGCCCGUCGCCUUCGCCCGCGCCCCUCGCCUUCCCACUACCGCUCUCUACAACAAGAGCCCCUACCACUGCGGGACCUGUGGCCGCUGGUUCCGAGCCAUGGCCGGCCUUCGACUUCACCAGCGGGUCCACGCCCGAGCCCGGGCUUUGACGCUCCAGCCUCCCAGGUCACCCCCUCCCGCGCCACCCCCACUUCCGGAGGGUCAACAGACGAUCAUGUGCACAGAGCUCGGGGAAACCAUUGCCAUCAUCGAGACCUCCCAGCCACUGGCCCUUGAGGACACGCUGCAGCUAUGCCAAGCAGCUCUGGGAGCCAGUGAAGCAAGCGGGCUGUUACACUUGGACACAGCCUUCGUGUGAUACAGCCCCAGGGCAGCACCCACAGGGGCUGGUGGCCAGCAGCAAGCGCAGGUACCUCUGGGAAGUGGACCCUUCGGGCAGGGUGUGGGCGAGGGUUCCCCCUGGCCUCUGGUGCCAGGGCUCUCCCGCCACCUCUCUCUGCUCCACUGCGAAACGGGCUUUGCCACAGCCCUCUGCACAUCAUCACCCCAGUGCCCAGCAACAUCAGGUGACCUCACUGAACACUAACCGCGUGCCAGACGCUCACACAGGCCUCUUUGGAUCCCCUGCUCCCCUCACCCACCCGAGCCCCCGGCCCCAGCCUUCCCUUCGCGUGGUGGAGGCCCUUGGCUUCUCCAGGCUGCCGCCAUCUGUUUGAUGAGCUGAGAGGAAGUCUAAGCUCCAGCCUGUGCAGCUGGGGACCCAGAAUGGGCCGGGCACGGGUUGUGCCCUGAGGCGUGCUCGUUCUGGUGGGAGGAACCUACCCAAGCGUAGGUGGCCUGUGAGGGUGCCAUGUCCGUUCUGCCCGUAGCCCAGGUCUCCAGUGCACAGGCUUGGGUUGUGAUGGGGUCGCACGCGGCGGUGGGGUCUGAGCAGGGGACAGAUGGAGGUGCCAAGGCAUUGCGAUUUGAAUGCAUAGUCCCUUAGGCCCAUGUUUGAGACUGAAAGCGCAUCCAGCAGCUGAGGUCAGCGGGGUCCUUCUAACCGCGACAGGCCAGUGUCAGAGCAGUUGGGGUUUAAGGGCCUUGGGCGCAGGAGGCGUCUGGGCUUGUGGGGUCGUCAGUCCCCGCGCCGGCAGAGGGUGCCGAGUGUCCAUGAGGUCAGUGAGGUACUGAGUGGGGAGCUACCAGUAGUCUGGAGUGAGAAGAUGGGCAGGGCUGGACAGUGCGGGGUGGGCGGGGUAGGAAGUGAGGGACACCCUCAGGGAUCAGUGUCAGGCAGUGGGCAAGGAGGAGCGCCAUGCGCCCGUCAGACCACCUGUCCUCUUUCACAAGCAAGGUGAACUCCAGACUGGAGUUGAGCAUGGGAGGCCAAAGUUUGUCUUCAAGUAAAAGCCCCUGAAGGCUGAGGCCAGCAGCUCAGAGAAACCUCAGUCCGACUUCCCAAGUGGGGUACAGCAGAGAACAUGCCGUUGCCCCUCCCCUCCCAGAGCCCCUACCCACUUGCAGCUUGGCGCCAUGGGGAAGGGGACCGUUUUCCUCUGCCAGCAGUCCCCAAGUCCAGGAAAGGGCAGGCGAGGCAGCACUGCUCUGUCAUUGCAGCAGCCUGGCCACCCGAGACUAUCUCAGGAGGGAGGGAGGCAAAAGCAAGCUGCCCCUGCUUUUCCAGGGGGGCCACUCCCAGUACCAGGGGGUGAAGCAAGCCUCCUGUCCAUGCCUACCCCACUGACAGUCUACAGGCAAUCGUUUUGGCCUGAAGCCCCUCACCAUCCAGGGUCCUCUGGACCUGCAGCUGCUGGGCGAGACACACAGCUGCUUGAGCCAGUCUCUGCUGGCAAGGCUUCAGUCCCUGACCCCCGUCAGUUCCUCCACUGACUGGGGGUCCUCCCAUGCCUCCCUUGCCCUCUGUCUCUGCAGUGGAUGAGCACCCUACGAAGCAUGUCAGGACUUAAAAUGUCCCCCUGCCCAUUCCAACCCCAACAGCCCUCCCAGCACCUCUGGAGACAGGCAGCCAGGCAGGAAGCAGGGUUUCAUGCCAAUAAUUUAUUGAACGGAGGUCUGUACACAGGCAAACCUUACUGUGGAAACUAAGACACCAGAGUUCUCCCUAGUCCCCGCCCUCAAGGGUGGGAAGAGGGAGAAGUCUUAAGGACCAGAGGACAGGAGGGAGGGAACUGCGAGGGGGCAGGUCGGAUGGUGCGAAUCCACAUUUUCUUUAAGAAAAAAAUUAUAACAAUCUAUUUACACCCGGGGGCCAGGGAAGGAAGGAGUAGAUAGGCCGGGCUGGUUCUAUUUACAAGGGGUCUGGGGGGCAAAGGAGGCGGAGACCUGGAGGGAGAGGUGGGAGCAGGGGUAGGGGUCCUCUCACCCCCAACCCCUGUCCUUCCUUCUCUUUCCUCCCCACAACCAGUUAAAAUCCUCUUAAAAAGUCCACCACAGGUGAGGCUGGAGGGAGCCUGGCGGCUGGGGACAAGACUUCAUUCUCCUCGGCCCUCUAGUCUCGGGCCCAGAGGGGCAGGAGCUUGAUGGGCUGUGGCCCCCCCUUCCCAGCCCCACGAGGGGCUCCCAGAUGGAUGUGGAGGGGUGGGAGGUGGGGCCCUCAGGACGAGUUACUGAGGGUAGCUGUGACAUCGGACGUCUGCCAGUCUGAGCCAGUCUGAGCCUCAGAUAAAGCUAAAGGAAGGAAGGGGGACAGUUAGCCCACCACCCUCACACCAGAGCAGACCCUGGUGACAACUGGCACUUCAGUCGGAGACCGUAAGCUCAGGGGCCAGCUGGACACCUGGGUGGCUUAUACCAGGGAAGAAAACUUGCUGCCCAGUCUCAUUUUCUUCCCCAAAGAUGGCCCAGUUUUUAAAUGUGGCCAGCUUUGCUAUUCAUAUCAAACGUAUUUCUUUGGCUCUAGUUGGCCACAGCACCCUAUAAAGAUGGGCAUAGACAUACUGUGAGUGUGCCACCAAAAUGUCAACACACUUCAGACCUGCAAGAAACGUGCUCCUUCCCACACCCUUUCAGAGUGCUGACCUGGUGAGGACGGGGUGAGGGGAGCAGUGCCCGCAGGGGACCUCAAGUGAGGAGGGAUGAGAACGGCAUUGAGAGACGGUUGGAUGGAGAGUUCUAGAGAGAGAAAAUGACACGCCCAGUCAGGGAGAAGCAGGCGUCUUGAAAGGCAGUUAAAGCUGGGGUAGGGCAUGGCCAGGGGCUGAUGUGACAGCCACAGAGGGUCGCGGCGUGCCCCCGCGAGCAGCCUGGCACGAGCCCUGUGGCACUUUGCACCCCAGUCCCUCAGCUCCCACCUUCCGCAGGCCGGUCACGUGGCCGGCGCCCCCCCCCCCCCCCAGCUGUGCUCUCACCGCCAGGACUGAAGUUGAAGAGCGGGGGGCAGGGGGCGGUUGUUGGGGAGCUGGGUUCCGGGGCAGCGCAGCUCGUCGAAGAAGCUGUGCGCGCACGCCUCCAGCGGGGACAGCCGGGAGGACGGCGUGUACUCCAGCAGGCUCGAGCACAGCGCCACGGCUUCCGGCGGCGUCCGCGACUUGAACACCUGCGGGCACGGGCAGGGCGGCUCCGGCUCCGGCUCCGGCUCCAGCGGCGGGCACCCCGCCGCCAGGGCCCACCCCCCGUGACGAAGCUGGAGCGUAAGCACUGAGAGGGAGCCCUGGGAGGGGUGUACCUGUGGGUCCUCCACUGCUUGAAGUCUAUAAACUUUGUGAACUGAUGA